AUGUCAGAUGCUGUUGAGCAGGGCGAAAAUCCCUCUGCGGAACAGAAAAGCGAAGCGGGUGAAGAAGCAUCAACGUCCAUUGCUGCUCCAGCGACCAGCACCACCAGCGGCAACGGUGAUACCACCCUAGGCCCCGCGGUGGGUUCUAGUACGAUCGAUUGCGCCGAGCCGAGCGACAGUGCUAGUAGCAAAGUAAACAUUCCGACUACGACGGCUGCUGGCAGCAGCUCUACCAGCACCUCGGGAACCUUUACUCGGCCGUUGAAGCGUCUUUCAGGCGGGACGCCUGCGUCCGCGGUCUCCAGCAGCACCGAUAUCGCAAAUUUUAACCUUCUUCCUGUUGACAGUUGCAUCACCACCAGUAACUGCAUCGUGCACAAGAAGAGCAACGGUGUGGUAGCGACCGCUUGUGCCCUGUGCCUGGAAACGAAGAACCCGCUCAAGUACGUGCUGCCGACACAGAGCGGUAAUAAGGAAUUUUGCUCCGAGGCGUGCAUCGCCGACUACCGGAAGGCGUGCGGCAAGGGCACCUGCCUCCAGUGCGAUAACGUGGUACGGGCGAACGCUCCAAACUCGUUCUUCUGCUCUACAUUUUGUAUGAAAAAGGAAAUGAAAAAAGGUACGGCCGGGUUGGUGCCACCGCUGGACGUACUGAAAACGACAACCAACAAUAACAACAGCACCAACCACAACAACAAUAACAAUAACAUCGGCAACACCGGAGCGUUCCAGUACGAGAGCUUCCACGUGUUCGAUUGGACGGAGUACCUGCGCGAGUCGGGCAGUGUGCCGGCUCCGGCCGAGUGUUUCAAGCAGGCGGUGGUGCCACCAAAGAAUGAGUUUAAGAUCGGCAUGAAACUGGAGGCUCUCGAUCCGCGCAAUGUCACCGCUACGUGCAUUGCGACCGUCGUUGGUGUGCUGGGUUCACGGCUCCGGUUGCGCCUCGAUGGUGGGGACAACAAGAACGACUUCUGGCGGCUGGUGGAUUCGAACGAAAUCCAUACGAUCGGCCACUGCGAGGAAUCGGGUGAGAUGCUUAAGCCUCCGCUCGGCUUUAGGCUGAACGCGAGCAGCUGGCCAACGUUUCUGUCGAAAACGCUCAACGGUGCGGUGAUGGCACCGAGCUACAUCUUUGUGCAGGAACCACCCACCCCGAAGUGCAAUCUGUUCCAGGUCGGUCAAAAGCUGGAGGCUGUGGACAAGAAGAAUCCGCAGCUGAUUUGCUGCGCGACGGUGAACGAGGUUCGCGACGAUCAGAUCCACGUCACGUUCGACGGGUGGCGCGGAGCGUUCGAUUACUGGUGCCGUUACGAUUCGCGCGACAUCUUCCCGGUGGGGUGGUGCGCCCAAAGCUGUCACCCGAUGCAACCGCCAGGGCAGAAGAACAAGCUCGACGGCAGCGGCCAUCGAUCGAAGCAGAGCCGGAACUCGUUCGCGAUGGUCACCGAGCCGGACACGAUGCAACCGGCGGUUCUCGUGACGGCCCACUUUCACAGCCGUUGUCGCGGCGGUCCGUAUGUCAACAGCUCGAAGCUCCCGUCGAUGGUGACGGCUCCGAACCACCAGACGCUGGCCAAGCUGUGCCUGCAGGAGGUUUUGGCCGCUUCGCGUGACCACUCGCAACUGUCGCCCCUGCUGUUUGGCCUCGACGGCGAAGUGCAUAUCGUCACCGCGGCGGGAAAGAAUUUUACCGUCAAAAUACCAACCUACAUCAAGCAGAAGGGCAACGCGGGUGUGUCGGAGUUUCUGGAAGUGCUGUGCACCGCGUGCCAAGCUUGCCCACGUCUGAUCACACUCGAACCGGGGGCGGAACAGUGCGAAGAGUGUAUGAUUGUUUCACCGCCCCUGAAACGCUCGAUUAAGACGGAACCGCGAGCAACAGCGGCGUCCAGCCCACCGCCGAAUCUUGCCGCCUCUUCACCGAAAGCAUCCGCUACUGGGCGCAGUGUCACCGGUGGAGACGAAAAGGAGCCGGCGUUACCGGCGUCCAAAGAAAGCACAAGCAAGGUCGAACGACCACCAUCGCCGAAGCGCAGGGCCAAGUCGGCCACCGUGAACGAACCACCGAAGAAGGAGAGUGGCCACAGCACCGCUGCGGCUUCUGCGACAGCAACAUCGUCACAGCCGAACAAAUCCAGUUCCACGGUCACAACGACAACGGCAACGAGCGCGAAGACGACGACAACGACGGUGGCGACGACGGCACCAAAUGUCACCAAAUCGUCCUCCAAACCUGCGAAGAGCAAAACUGACCCGAGUGUUACGUCAACGUCCAGCAGUAAGCCGGCGGUGAACAGUGGGCCAAACAAAGCGACAUCACAACCCGCCAACGCUACGGACAGUAUCGUGAAGAUGGAAGUUCAAAGUGCAAGUGUGGCCGAAGCAACAAUGGCAGCCGUUGCCGUGCCAUCGUUGAUGCCGGUACCGGCGGCGGCAGCCACAGCAGCAGUAGCAACAGCAGCUGCCGCUGCCAUUCCCUAUCACCAUCAACCGCCGGUGGCUUCGUUGAUGACCACACCCGCUGCGACGCCGGGUUUACUUCCGGCACCCGCUUGCACGCUCGGUCCAGCCGUCGCUUUAAUCCCUAUGGUAGCCUCCACUUCGGCACCGUAUCCCGUGGCAGCUACCGCCACCGCACCAUCAGCUGCCUAUGCGGGCACCGGUGCCGCUCAGUACCUUGGCGGAGCGGGCAUUCCGCCGCCGGUUGCCUUCGUCCCACAGACCACCACACCGCAGGCGGCGAUGCCCCGGGGACAGACGAGCGACUGGACGAUCGAGGACGUGAUACAGUUCAUCGCCGUACAGGACCCUGCCCUGGCCGUUCAUGCCGAUCUGUUCCGGAAGCACGAAAUCGACGGCAAGGCGCUAUUGCUGUUGAACAGCGACAUGAUGAUGAAGUACAUGGGCCUCAAGCUGGGCCCGGCGCUCAAGAUCUGCAAUCUCGUAAGCCGAGUAAAGGGACGACGGCACAACAUGUCGUCACUGUAAGAUUUGCUGUAGUUUGUUAUAACAUGUGUGCCCGAGUUGCCCAUGGAAUGGUGGCAGUUCGUGCAUGUGAUUCGUCGUUCCCUUGCUUCAGCACCCCGUACGGGCCAUGUGCGGCGUAAGGAGAUCUCGAAGUGCGAUAUGUGUAUAAAUUAAGGUACAGGUUUACGGCGAAGCAGUAGAAGACCCAGAUAGCGGUCAUGUGAAAUGGAAACGAAAUUCCUUUUAGGUACGCCCAGGUAUCUAGCGCGUACAUCUUUUGUUUUCGUCGGAAAAUACUGCCGACGGAGGUAUUUUCAUGUUUAUUAACUUAAGCUUUCACACUGUUUGUCCCCUGAAUACAUCUAAAGAUCCAUCUUUGGCGAUCGAUUGAAUUAUUUUCGAAAACAAAAUAAACCGCUUGAAGAGGUAACCGGCAGCGCAGUGGCGGAUAUCCGUUUUCGUAUGAUCGUGUGUGUGGUUGAGCUUUGCUGAGGUUAAUCAUUAAGAUCUCGGAGUGUGUUGUUUUGCGAGUGUGUGUGGGUGUGUGUGAGCCUGUGACAAAAGAACGGUAGUUUUCUCUUCGAACGUUGUUACUUUAGGUGUCUAAGAUCAGUUGCAAUAAUCUACUUCCCCAUGACCGGUUCCCAGUUUUUGUUUCUGUCCCGAAGAAGGAAGAGAUGGAACGGAGUGAGCCCAGCGUUGUAUCAUCGGCUCCCCGCGAGGCAGAAGCGGAACCGGUGACACUAACCCACGUAACAGGUCACAACAAGUUAAUACAAUAAAACCACAUCAAAAGCCAUAUAUCGAUACAUUUGAAAAAUCUCUUGCAUCGCUUAGCUGCAAACAACAGUUAUUACUAUCAUAAAUAUCAAAAUAGUCUUAAAGGAACAAAACAGGAUAUCGAUGCGCCAUCACAGAAAGUACGCUAAACAUCAACCGCCAUACAGCACAUUUGAAGUAAGUCUUUAAUAGUUUGCACAACUGGGUUCUGUUUGGUCGUUAUGCUACUUUUGGCUAGCUGUAAAUUGUAGAACAAAGAAAUUCUUGAAUAAAUUCGCACGAUCGGAAAGUCACGAAUAUCAAGCGUAGCCUAGCGAGUGAGAAGAAACAAAGAAAGGAUUAGCGG